CCGCAAUCACCACCUAAACCCCCAGUCAGAGUCGAAAUCGUGACAGAAAAAAAUGAAGAAAUGCCAACAAAAAAACCUGAAAAUACAAUUGCUAGUAAAAACAUUGGGCAAGCCAAAGAACUCUUCGACCAACAACACCCUAAACGCAAGCGUAUUCAAAUACAACCCCAAAUCUACGAGGUACCACGCGGUGUCGGUCGACCCUCCAGAUUCGACACCUUAUCAAAACUUGCAAACGAAUCGUGUGGCAAAUCUAAAAUAUACAGUCAAGACCUUAUCCUCUUAGCUCUCGACGGUACAGACAAAAAAAGAAAAACAGUAUUGACCAAAUCAACAACAACCAUCACAUGCAGCUCAACAAACAACUAUGUUAUGUACGAAUACAUAACAGACUGUAGAAGGAAAGCUCUAGAUAUAAUAAAAGAACAAAAAGAAACACUAGAAAAAAUUAAUAUAUUAGAAAAAAGAUUAAUGGAUUUUGAUUCUGAUUCUGAACCAAAUACUAAAUAA